AUGUCAUCUGUAUCCACUUUGCCAUAUAUAGGAAGUAAAAUUUCUUUAAUUUCAAAUUCUGAAAUUAGAUAUGAAGGAAUUCUCUAUACUAUCAACACACAUGAAUCUACGGUUGCAUUACAAAAUGUUCGCUCAUUUGGAACAGAAGGAAGAAGACAACCAGAUAUUCCCCCUUCUAAUGAAAUUUAUGAUUUUAUAAUUUUUAGAGGGAAAGAUAUUAAAGAUGUAACGGUUAGUGAACCUGCUAAAAAUAUACCAGAUGAUCCAGCUAUAGUUUCAAUGAAUAUUGCACCUUCUUCUAAAAAUAAUUUAACUGAGAAUUUAAAUUAUAAUAAUAAUGUAAAUAUAAAUAAAUCAUUAAAGGUUCCCAGUAAUAUAAUACCAUCUAACGAAAGAAAUUUAAAUUUAAAUAAUAGAAGGUUUUAUAAUAGAAAUCAUUAUAAUUUUUAUUAUAAUAAUAAUAAUAAUAAUAAUAGAAACUUUAAUAAUUUUAAAUUUAAAAACUUCAGAAGUUAUGAAAGAACCCCAUAUGUAAUUGGAGAAUUAGAAUCACAACCAAAUCCUGCAUUAAAAAGUAAAUUUAGUCCAGAUUUUGAUUUUAGUACUAAUAACUUAAAAUUUGAUAAAAAUAAUAUAUUAGAUGAAAAAAAUAAGGAUUCCAUAUCAUUAAAUAACAACCUUCAAGUAGGAGGGUAUGACAAAAACGCAAGCUUCUUUGAUAAUAUUAGCUGUGAAACAUUAGACAAGCAGCAAGGAAAAGAUGAAAAAGUUGAUAGAGAAAAAUUAAGGAUGCUUGAUGUUGAUACGUUUGGAAUAGCUGCAGCUCAUUAUAGAUCAAAUAUGUAUAAUAGAAAUAAGAAUAGAAAUAAGAUAAGAAAUAAUAGAAACAAUAAAAUGAUGAAUAGUUUCAAUUAUAAUUAUUAUAAUAGAAAUCAAAAUCCAUUUAACAGAUAUGCAGCAUAUUAA